AUGGCUCCCUGGUCAUCGAAAUCAGAGUCUUCCAAAGAUCAUGAACAUGAUCUUAGUACAAUGUUGGAAACAGAGGAACGUGUUGAUCUAACACUUCUUGUUGCCAAUAUUACAGAAGUCAUGCAAAAGCAAAUCAGUAAUACUUUUGACGCCUCGAUUACCACAGGAGAAACUUCAAGCAAAGCUUUGGAAAUUGGAGAUAAGAAUCCUAAUACUGAUGAUAGUCAAUCGAAAGAAGAAUCUGAAGAAGAGGAAAAAGCUCGGAAUCUGAGAGAGAAGAGAGAAAAGGAAUUAUCGGCUCCUAAAAUGCUGGAGCUGAAGCGUGAUGCUCUGAAGUUUUUCCAGGAAUGGCAGGAAAAUGUGAUAUCGAGGAUUGGUUCGGUUGUUAAUAACCCCAAAGAAGUUACCGAAGAGCAGAAGAAAAAGGCCAGCGCAAAUGCUACCCCUGAUGCGGAAUCAAAAACAAAGGUUGUUAAACAAACUACCAAUGUUGUGGAAGCAGAUGCGGCUUUAGUAGAGCUUUAUCCACCGACGUCUACUGCUCUUUAUUCGUUACAAGAGGAGAAAAGAGUAAUGCUCCUACACGCCAUGCUAUUGCUGCUCCUUUCAUUAGAGCACUACACGGCGCAUUCCCGUAUUCUCUUACUGCAUAUAGCAUCAUCUCUCCAUCUUCCCCUUCACACUUUGGCGGAGACAGAAGUGAAAGUCGCACAGGGACUCCUAGAAGCCGCCAAGAAAAUGUCCGGCAAUGAAGAAACCCAAAAGAGAAGCGAAGAGAACAAAGUAUCUCGAAGAUGGAAAGUCGGACUUGCCGGUGUUGCAGGCGCCGCGAUAGUCGGAGUCACAGGUGGUCUUGCCGCUCCACUAGUUGCAGGCGCUCUGGGCACUGUAAUGGGAGGGCUCGGUCUUGGUGCAACGACCGCUGCAGGCUUGCUGGGAGCGCUGGCGGAAAGUGGAGUUAUUGUUGGAAGUCUUUUUGGUGCUUAUGGUGCGAGUAUGACGGGAAAAAUGAUGGAUUCGUACGCGAAGGAGGUUUCGGAUUUUGCAUUUCUGCCGCUGAGGGGAUCACCAUAUCAGAAAUCUGUCAAGGAAAUGGCAGCAAAAGACCGAAGGUUGAGAGUCACAAUAGGGGUUAGCGGAUGGUUGACCCAGAAAGAAGAUGUUAUCACUCCAUGGCGUGUCCUCGGCCAUCAAAGCGAAGUAUUCGCUCUCCGAUACGAACUCGAAGCCCUAUCCAAACUCGGAACAUCCCUAGAAUCGGUAGUCAAAAGUGCAGCCUGGUCUCUCGCCAAGAAAGAAAUCAUCGCUCGCACCAUCUUCGCGAGUCUGAUGACCGCUCUGUGGCCCCUUGGUCUAUUAAAAAUCUCUAAAGUCGUCGACAAUCCAUUCUCCGUCGCGAAAAAUCGCGCGGAUAAAGCGGGCUUGGUUCUUGCUGAUGCACUUAUUAAUAAGGCGCAGGGAGAACGACCAGUUACUCUCAUUGGUUAUAGUUUGGGAGCUAGAUUAAUCUAUUCAUGUUUGAUGAGUCUAGCUGAACGUCGAGCGUUCGGUUUAGUCGAAUCCGCCGUCCUAAUCGGCGCCCCCACUCCCUCCGACGCCGCCGCCUGGCGCGCAAUGCGCAGCGUCGUCUCCGGACGUCUCGUCAACGUCUAUUCCGAAAACGACUACAUCCUCGCUUUUCUCUACCGCACCAGUAGCAUCCAAUUCGGCGUUGCGGGUCUGCAACCCGCGCAAGAUGUGAAAGGGGUGGAAAAUGUAGAUGUGAGUGAGAUGGUUAGUGGACAUCUCAGGUAUCAGUAUCUUGUCGGGACCAUUUUGGAAAAGAUUGGAUGGGAGGAUAUUGAUGUGGAAGAGGUGGCGAAGGAGGAGGAGACGUUGGAGUUGUUGGAUGAGAGGGAGAAGAUGGAGAUGGAGAGGAAGGGGGAUGAGGGAGGAGAUGCGGAUUUAGAGGAUGAGGCGAGGAAAUUGGAGAGUGAGGUGAGUAGGAAAAAUGAGGAGUUGAAGUUGCCGGAGGAUGUGGAGAAGUUGCAUGUCAAUUGA